ACCAUUUAUUCCAAGCACAAGCCCCAUACAUCUCACCCACCUCAACAAGUCCCCCUCCCCCUCCACCACCACCACAAAAAAAACUCCUUUCACCUCACCCCUACCUCUUACAUAACUGAGGUUAGGUUUUAUUAUUAUUCACAAGAGGAGAAGAGAGAGAGAGAGAGAGAGGGAGGGGGGGGGACAACAAGUGUUGUGUUGAGUAGAGAGAGAUCUAAGAAUUGUUUGCAAAAGAUGGAGCUUUUUCCAGCACAACCAGAUUUAUCCCUGCAAAUCAGCCCCCCAGCAAGCACCACCACCACCACACCCCCACCAAGUUGGAGGAAGCAGCAACAAGAUCACGGGAACAUGGAAUUAGGGUUUUGGAGGAGAGCCCUAGCCUCCUCCUCCUCCUCCUCCUCCUCCUCUUCUAUGUCCAAGGAGCUGUUGCAUGGAGCCUCUUUUGACCUCUCCCUAGCAAACCCUAGCCCCACAGAUCCCCCCCACAACAACAACAACAACUCAAGUAGCAACCUCCUCCUCCACCCCCCCCACCACCACCACCACCACCUCCACUUCCUCCACCACCACCCACAACCACUGCUACAAGAUGGUGUUCUCAUGAGGCCCAUAAGAGGCAUUCCUCUAUACAAACACCACCUACAUAAUACUAGUAGUAGUUGUACUAGUAGUCCCCUCCCUUUACUCCCACAUUAUCAUCAUCAUCAUCAUCAGCAGCAUCAGCAGCAGCAGCAGCAGCAGCAGCAGCAGCAGCAGUUGUGUGAUCACUCCUCUUCGACGAACAACUUCGCUCCGUUCGUGGCGUCGCAAGGGUUGCUGUCGAGAGCCCGGUACCUGUCGAAAUUCCCCACGAAGCGGAGCGUGAGGGCGCCAAGAAUGCGGUGGACGUCGACGCUCCACGCGCGCUUCGUUCACGCCGUAGAGCUUCUAGGGGGGCAUGAGAGGGCUACACCAAAAUCAGUUCUUGAGCUCAUGGAUGUGAAAGAUCUCACCUUGGCUCAUGUGAAGUCUCACUUGCAGAUGUAUCGGACGGUGAAAAAUACCGAUAAGCCGGUUUCUCCGGGCCAAUCUGAUGGAUUUGAGAACGGUUCGACGGGAGAAAUUUCCGACGACAAUUUGGGAGAUAUUCACAGCACUCAGAGAUCAGAAUCAUCAACUCAACAUGGGAAAUUAGGAAAUCAACAUGGUAGCAAUUAUGGUGGCUUGUGGAGCAAUUCCUCAAGGGGAGGCUGGUCUAAUGGAUUACCAAGUGAAUCCACCACAGGGAGUUUGCAUAAUUUUAAGGAAAAGCAACCGAAAAGCUUCGAGAUCUCCGAUAUGAACUCGUCGUGCCUCUCGGAGACAUCGAGCCCGAGCAAGCCCAAUCUUGAGUUCACAUUAGGAAGGCCAAAUUGAUCCAAACUACUCUCUCUCCAUUCAUGGUUCAAUCAACAACUUAUGACAAGAAUCCAACAUUUACUUAAAGCUUCAAAAGUGGGAGGAGGGAAAAAAAGGAAAAGUAAAAGAAGAGAGACAAGGAGACAUCUGAGGCAAAAGGCAAGAGAAAAGUGAAAAAGAAUAUGUGCAUGCAUGUGUUUGAUAGAGAGAGAGAGAGA